AUGUCUGCUACUCAUACCAGCACGGUGGUCAACAUAGAAACAGAAACUGACGAUGGAAGUCUUGAGGUUCUACAACAAAGUUACAGGCUGAACGAGCCAAUGGCUAGUCAAAGCAGCAGUCGUACGAAAGCAAGCCUCGCUGGGAAUAAAAAUGUGUCACCCACAAAGGGUCCAUAUAAGAGAGUUUGUGCCGAUGCAACCAAAGUUGCAUCACUAGGUGUUAAUGCAAGUAAAACUGGACAGCACCUGCGCCCCUGUAAAAAAAGCAAGUGUUUAGGGAAACAUAGCAAGUUGGAAGACUAUCAAGGUGAUGCUGAAUUGAGGAGACUGCAAACACCAAUCAACAUAUUUGAAGAUGAAUGCGUUUUCUGCCAUUCAUUUAGAACCAGUGAGAAUUUUCAUGGUCCCAUAGUCCUGUAUCGAAAGGGAAGGAUUGUGUCCAGUGACGAGGGCAACCCAAAAAAUGCCAUCUAUGUUCAUAAAGAGUGCAUGGACUGGGCCCCAAGAGUGAAUCUUGUUGGCGAUGAUAUUUUUAACAUGGAGAAGGAAAUCAGCCGUUCAUCAAGGUUGAAAUGCAGCAGAUGCAAGCUUCCGGGGGCAGCUCUUGGUUGUUAUCACCACCCCUGCCCCAAAAAUUAUCAUGUUCCAUGUGCAGUGAUGAUCCCAGAAUGCCGCUGGGAUAUGAAAAAUCGCCAUGUUUGGUGCCCCAAGCAUGCAUCUGAUCCAUUACCAUGUGAUGUAACGAGCUCACCAAUAAUGGAAAGUGGCAUUACUUCUCCCAUCCUUCAAAACCAAGAUAAACAAGGAAUGUCUGUCAUUCAUAUAAGGGAAGAUCAACAAGUAGAUCAACUGAACACUUCGAGUUUUUCUUCCUUGCCUCAGGGCCAAUGUUCAGCCGGUUACCGGAGAGAAGAAAAACAAAUGAACCAGUCAAGAACCUUUGUGAACGAAAAGGUCCUGCUUGGUUCAGCUUUAAGUGCAUCACAGAAGGAUUCUCUCAAAAAAUUUGCUUCCUUGACCAAAUCAACCUUGGUUGAGGAAUGGGACAAAAAUGUGACUCAUGUUAUUGUGGACAGAAGUGCGGGUAUCACAUGUGGCAGGUCAUAUGAGGUCCUGAUGGCGAUACUCUCUGGAAAAUGGGUUGUCAGAGCUGAAUGGAUUGUGGAUUGCUUGGUGCAGCUGAUUCCAGGUCCAGAAAUUUGCUUGGCAGAGCCAGUUACAGUUCCGGAAACUUCUUACGAGGUGGAAUUCUUCAAUGCUUCGCACAUAUCGAUUGAUGGACCAAAGAAAGGAAGAGUUGGAGCAGCUGAAGGGGCACCAAAGCUUUUCUCAGGGCUGCAUUUCUUCCUCAGCGCGUACAUGGACCCGGAACUCAGGGAAAACCUAGAAAAUCUCAUACCAGCCGCCGAAGGGAAGGUCCUGGAGGCACAUGAGAGUGCGUGCGAAAAUCCCGCCAAGGUAUACUUCGUCUACGUUGGCGGCCCUCCAAGAGAUUUCGCUGCCACUUUACUUGUUGACAAGGAGAUAGAGGAGGCACGGAACUAUGCGGCAUGGGGAGUGCAGGUGAUCUGCCACCUUUGGCUGUUUGAUGCCAUCAUGUCUUACGAUGCGGCGCUGCUGGAACGGAGUUAUCGUGAGGGCCGCUAG